AUGGAAGGAACUUUGCCUGUAGGACGGUUUCAGCGGCGCAGCCGGCGGCGUGGGGGAGCUUCCUACGUUUUCAUGAAGUGGCUAGUGGAAACCUUUGGGAUAGACUUCCUCCGCGGUGGCUCAGGUGUUCUGGAAAUCUCAGCUGGCAAAGGCGAGCUCGCAUGUUCCCUUCGCAACCGCUACGGCGUUCCUGUCACAGCCGUUGAGCCACGGUCCCUGGACCUACGGAAAUGCCAUCAGCGGCUGAAGUGGUCCCAGGAGUCAGCGGCGGCACGAGGUCUCGACACGCUCGACGCACCCACGCUCCCGUGUUGUCGCAGCCCGGAGAUUGUUGCGCCCCGCCACCUACGGAUCUUUUGGCACGCCGGCGUUUGGAAGGACCAGCGCUCACUGCAUGCUGCAUGGGCCGCAGCACAUGCAGUGCGCUGGUCUUCGCAAGGAUUGACCGAGACAGAGACGGAGGUCGAUCACGAGAAGCAGGAGGCCUACCUGGAUAAGGGUGUGCCUUUUCGACAGUCUACACUCUGGGCCGAGUCCGAUGAGCCAGCUUGGGAUGAUGCAGAAGAGUCUGCGCUGCCGGAAGGAGGGAUAGUUUCUGACGAGGACUUCAAGGAAACGGAGUUGGACGAAACAGGCCGUGUGCUGGAGCUUGGUGGUGGCCUGAAGCCGCCGUCCUUGGCGAUGGUUCGACGCCUCUGUACCGGCUGCAGUUGUGUGGUGGCGCUUCAUGCAGAUCAAGCUGCCGAGGGUGCUGUCCGCUUUGCUGCCGAGCAUGGCCUUGCCUUCGCCGUUGUGCCCUGCUGUGUGUACGCAGAAGACUUCCCGAAGAGACGCCUGCCCGACGGACGGCCAGUCACAUCCCUCAACGCGCUGAUCGAGUAUUUGACCUGGUUGGGUGGCGAGGAGGCGAAGGUGGAAACCCUGCAGUUCAGUGGCAAAAACGUCGUCGUCUUUUCGAAGCCGAAGUGCCCAGUGACUGCAGCUUCUACACUCGUUUAG